AUGUGGCCGAUCGGAACUUUCUACUUACUUCUGCUCCUGGUGCAGCCAGUCUUUUCACGCAUCAGUCCCUACGAUGUUGAUAACAAUCUACGCCCAGACAACGUCACUGGUCUCGACUAUAGCUAUUAUAGCGAUACUGGCUCUUACUACAAUGGCACCCUCGUCUUGACGUUCUCCCCGGAGUACAACCCAAACAAGCUUAUUUAUGACGGAACCACUUGUGUAGAGCACGAAAACAGCACUUUCAAGAUUUCUAUGAAUGCCAUCGCAGGCUUUGAAAGGGUCGCACCUGAAACACCCUCGCCCGAUCCCUUUUUCCUAGAUAUCUACGGAUGGGACCAGGCAUAUAACCUGACCAACCAAUACGACACGGCCAAUUAUAGCGAGUUUCAGGAGAUUCAUCUCAGCUCUAGUUAUAGCCAGGUUUACAAUGAAACUUGGUGGUUCUACAACAUGACUGAGACGGACAGCGAGUCUUACAAGUUCAGAGGCACGAUGAGUACAUAUUUCCUUCGCAAAUUCCAGUUCAAGUUCAACGUCUCCGGAAUAUGCGAUACACCAUUCGAAUAUCAGCAGUUCUUCAGCGGAAGCUACCUCACAGCAAAGGAUAACGCGGAGAGUCAUUAUUUUGCUCGACCCAUCUCCACGCCGAGCAUUUCGGGGUCUUUUAAUCAGCGGAACGCAUGGGUAGAGACUUCAGGGCAUUUUACAGCAAAUAACAGGGGUACUCAGCUUAUCGGUAGACUCACUAUAGUUUUUGAGGGGACGAUUGAUAAGGAACGAUCCGACGAGUUGAUUCUAGGGAGAAAGAAGCCGGAAUGGAACGCCACGCUUGGAUUUGAGAUUGGAUCUGUUGGAGGUGUGACAUCGAAAGCGGUGGCUUUGUCUUACUCGGUUUUUAUGUUGAUUCUAGCGGGGUUGCUGACAUACUCAAAGACUUCGGGGGAUGUGAUUACGUACGUCUCGGCGUAUCCCAUUGCUGCCGCUUCGACGAAUGCGUUCCCUAGCUGA